AUGGCGAUGCCUCCGCAAGCUGCGGCCUCGACAGCCCAACAGAUGCAGGGCGAACCUGGCCAGGGAGGCACGGCUGCACAAUUUCUUAACUCUCAGCUCCUCUUGGACCUGCAAGCCGCUCUUAGCGCAGCGCUUGGAGCUUGCGGCCAGAGCCAAGCGAGCCAGAACGACCCUCUGGUGGCAAAGCUGCGCAGCGGCGUAAGCGUACUCUUGAACGCAUGCGCCGAUGCUAGCCGUCACGGAACGGGCCUGAAGCAGGACGCCAUCACGGUGCUGUCGGUAGCGGAAUUUGUGGCGGAGCGUCUGCCCAUAGUCUUUUGCGGUCCUGAUGGACUCCACCUUUCUGCAGUUUGCAGCCUGUUGGGUCUGCUGUUGGCGGCAGCUGGCCGGUCUCUUUUGGAUCGAAUGGUGGCUUUGUUGAUCCGAAUGGUGGGUCUGGUUUCGGGGCAGGCAGAGCGCAGGAGGCUGCUGGUGGACCUGGCGGCCGGAGCCAUGGAGCUCAUCCUCGACGCGGAGCAGCAGCUCUUGCUGUUGUCUCUGCCGCCGGCUUCCAACCCACAUGGCGGCGCUCCGUACGGCAGUGGCGGCGGCGGCGGCGGUGAUGCCGCGGCAGUGCCGGAGGCCGCUGCUGCUGCCGCCGCCACCACCGGAACGACGGCGGCGGCAGUUGGCUUGGGGCCUAACGUCGAGGCGUUUGAGUGCUUCUUUGCCCCCAACCGCCAACAUCAUCCUGAGCAGCGGCAGCAGCAGCAGCAGCAGUUGGGGGAAGGGGAGGGGGAUGAUGAUGCAGUGUUGGUGAAGUUGCCAAUGGUGCUGUUGGGAACGGCCCCCCAGUGUGUGGCUGCAGCGGAGGCGGGCUGUGCGGUGUUGUCGGGCCUUAUGUCGCAUCAUCCCCAAUUGCUGGCGCCGCUGGUGCCGCCGCUCGUACCUCAGGCGCUGCUUCAGCUGGUGGUGGCCAGUCCCGGCCACCCGCGGUCCCAGGCCAGUUUGCUGAGCUGCUGCGCCCGCAUGGUGGCCCUUUCUGGGGGGGGAGGAGGCGGAGGAGGAGGGGGGGGCUGCCAGCUGCUGCUGGUGGGGUGCGGUGCCGCAGAGGGGCUCAUGCACGUGGCCAUGAGCUUGCUGGAGGCGUGGUGCGAUGGAGUGGUGUCAUUCGGUGAGGGGCCGAAGGGGGCCGCGGCGGCAGUGGGGCCGUCGCCGCUGUCAACGGCGCCCUCCGCCGCCGCCACCGCUGCUUCCGCCGCUGCCGUCGCCGCCGCCGCAUCCUCCUGGCAUUCCGCCGUCAGCGCCGCCCUGGAGUCAAGCAGCGGCAGCUUGGCGGCGGCGGGCCUCCUGGCCCCAUACUCUGAGCGGCUGGUCGCAUUGCUGCUGCGGGUCUGCCUGCUUUCCUGCACCGCCAACAAACAGGACGCAGUAGCAGUAGCCCCCGCUCACAUAGCAGCAGCAGUGUCGACAACAGUAGGCGGGCGAGCGUCCGAACACCCCAAACGUGCCGCCGCCGCUGUUGCUGCCGCCGUACACGACUACUACCUGCCCUGUCUCCAUAUCUGUAUUCGUACAUGUCCGGAGCUUACACCGUACGCCGUACAACGCGGCUUGCUGGAGCUGCUGUUGCGGUUGCCGGCGGCGCCGGCGGCGCCGCAGGCGCCGCAGGCCGCGCCGGGGCCGCCUGGAUCAUCUCCUGCCGUACUGUCGUCGGAGGCUGCCGUCGUGGUGGCGGCGGCGGCGGCGAUGGCGAGUCUGAGGUCUACAGUCGUUCGCUGGCUCUCGCAACCCUUUGUUUCAGAUGGCAAUUUACAGGAAAUGUUCGCCAGCCAAAAUGCCUACCAGCAAAGAACGCAAGCUGAGGCGCGGGCUCUGCGCGAUAGCGACGUGAGCGGCGGUGGUGGCGGCGGCGGCGGCGGCGGCGCCGCGGGUGAAGCAGCGGUCGCAGCUGCAAAGGGCCGCUCCGCUGCCGCGGCGGCGGCGGCGGCGGCGAGAUUCUAUGGCGACGGCGGCUGCACCGCCGCCGCCGGAUCCUCGGCGGCGGCGCUUGCCGCCAGCGCGGGAGCUGUCGUACGGCUUCUGGCGGGAUUGUCUCCGCCGCCAUUGGUGGACUCGCCUCUUGACGCUACUGCCGUAGAGGCCUCCGUACACGCGAGGGUGCUGCUGCUACAGCACUUCGCGGCGGCGCUACUGCCACCCGGCUGUCCCGAGCUGCUGCUGCUGGUGACGAGAAUCGCAGGCGAGUGGACGCGACGGUUUGCUGCCGUAGCGGCGGCGGCGCCGCCGCAGCAGCCGCCGGCUGAAGCCGUCACGGCCGCGGGUGAUGUCGCCGCUGCGGCCGCGGCUGCUGCGGCGCCGGCUGCCGUUGACAGGGCCAGGGCAGCGAUUUGCCGUACCUGCUGUGUCGUAACGCUGGCUGUGAUGAGGGAGCGAUCUGGAGUUGCGGCCGCUAGCGGCGGCGGCGACGGCGGCGGCGGCGGCUGUGUUGGCGAUGUCGGUGAUGUUGGCGGCGGCUGUCCGGCGCUGGCGGCGGCUCUCCGGGCCGCCGUCGCGCUCCUGCUAGAGUCCUUGCCGCUGACGAGUCAGUCCCAAAUUAUUGCUCCACCUCCACCUCCACCUCCACCUCCACCUCCACCUCCACCUCCACCUCCACCUCCACCUCCACCUCCACCCCUUGACAGUUAUCCACCUUGCCUCCCCCCUCCCCCCUUCCCCCUCGUUCCCCCGUCCCCGUCCCCGUCCCUAUUCGAAUCGCUUGCGCGGGGGCGAUUCUUCGGGUUCCAUCAGGCAUUGAUGGUGUCCCCAGCGAAGCACAUCUGGCCUUCAGAUUGCGACAGUUCCGCACCUUUAUGGACAGCUGGCGGCGGUGCGAUGACUCCGGCAACGGCGGCGGCGGCGGCAUCAGCCGUACCACCCGUCGCAGCCGCCCUCGGCGGCGCUGCGGCGGACAGCUUGGUUCAGGUUGUCUUAGCUCUUGCGGGACGUAAUUUAGAGACGUGGCUGCUAGCGCAGCCGCUGCAGGCAGCAGCGCCGGGCGGCGGCGGCGGCGGGUGCACCACAGCCGCCACUGACCCACGGGUCGCUCCGCCGCCGCGGGGCCCCUCCGGAGAUUCUUCCCAGCAAGCCUCCCUGCGUGGCCUUGUAAUGGGGGUCAUGUCGAGAUGCGCGUACUUGGCCAAAGAGUUGACGCCGGCGGCGGCGGCAGCGGCGGCGGCGGCCUUAGGCCGCACGGCUGGCGGCGCCGCGCCGCCGUCGGUCUCUGCGAUCCUGGCAUUGUUGGGUGCGGCUGGAAAGGGUUUGGUGACGCGGGCGCUGCCGCUGGGGAUGCUUCAGACGGUGGUUUCGGAGCGCCCGUCUGCAGAAGGCGCUGGCACCGGCGCCGCCGCCGCCGCCGCCGCCGGACCCGGCUCAACCGCAGACGUAUGUUCGGAUACUAAAGUCGUCUUUGCAUCCAAGAUUCUCCCCAAAUUGCUUCCCGAAAUGCUGUUGGAGCUUGGCGGCGCCCGGGAAGAGGCCCUUGCGCCGCCGCCGCCGUACAUCAACACUUCCACCGCCGCUGCUGCCGCCGCCGCCGUCGCACCACCACCACCACCACCUUCCGACAGCGUCUCUGGCGCCGGCGGCAGCGGCGCCGCGGGUAAACCCAGCCUGCCGCCGCCGCCGCUGCCUCUGUGUGCGCCAGGCGCGGGUCUGGACGCGGCGUUGUUUGACAGUUUGACCUGCAUGUCUAACCUAUUGAGAUGUCAAUGGGGGAGCCAGCUGGCGGCAGUGACGCUGCAGGCACUGGUCCAGGGGAUCUGCCAGGCCCGUACCUUCCUUCAGCGCUCAGCAACGGAAUUAACCGCCGCCGUUAGCGCCAACGGAAAUGCCGCCGCCAACGUACACGCACACGCGGCAGCGGCGAAUGCCGCUGCUGCGGCGGCGACGGCAGCAGCGGCUACCUUGCCGUUCCUACCUACUGAGCUCUGGCUGGGGCCUUUGAAAGCCACCGCCGCCGCGGCGGACGGUGCCGUACACGCCGGAAUGCCGCCGGCCGCCGCCGCGACCUCGUCCGACCAGGCGGCCGAUUCUGUCACUGCCUCCUGGCCGCCCCUCACUGCCGUACUUCCCUUCCUGGAGCCAUGGCUUGUCAGCCGAGCGGGGGAGGAGGCGGCGGCGGCGGCGGCUGGUAGCACCGUCAGCGUCAGCCGCCCCGUCGGAGGGCUGCCGCCGCCGGCAGGAACCCAUCUGGCAGCGCUGACGGCCUUGCGGGUCGCCAUCGUCGCCGCGGCGGAGCGUGAGUUUAUCCGCUGCCUGCAGUACUGGUUGUUGGACUCCCAACCGCCUCUCCCUGCUGACGUCCGUUGCGGCCUGCUGGCGGCGGCGGUGUGGUUGGCGGGGCCAGGGGUUUUGGCGGGACGAGAUACGGGACCGCUCCUGGUGCUCCUGGUGCUGGGGUGUUUGGGGGGGGAGGAGCGACAGCUCCGCGCCGCGGCCUGCUAUGCCCUGGAGUCCCUCACUUGCCGUACUGGCGGCGGCACCUCCCCUCGCCGCUUCCUUUUGGAGGGCCCCCUAGCCCCGCUCGUACUACACCGCUUGGGCAGCGGGGUGCUGACGUCACCCAGAUUGGUUCCGGAGCUGAGUCGCCUAACGAAGCUGAGCGAGGCGGCACUUGUACGGGCGGCGCUGCCGCAUGCCAUAGGGCCCUUGUGUUGUGCGCAUAAGCUGCCGGAACUGAGGGAGCUGGCUCGCCUCCUAGACAUGAGCGCCGCAGAGCUCUUCACGCUGCACGCCCACCACGCGUACGCCUACGCUUUCUGGAAAGAAACCGCCGCCUUCGGAGCGUUUAUUGACGGAGUGGACGAGCUAAUGGACGAGCCACACGGCCACCAGCGGGUGCUGGGGAACGUGUCAAUGGCUAGGGUUGUCAGCAAGCAGACCAUCAUCAUGGCGGGUGAGCCUUCUGCCGACUGGGCCUCCUCCCCCUCCCUGGAGCCGCCGCCCGCUAUCGUGACGCGGAUACAGACAUUCAUGCAGGUGGUGGCGGGACAAGUAGCAGACAUGCAGAGCGACGACCCGGUUCAGGAGUUCCUCGUGGGUGAGCUCACAGCCAAUCUAUUCGAACUGUUCGGAAAGCAGCUGAGCGGCGGCGGCGGUGGCGGCGGUGGUGGCGGUGCUGGUGGCGGUGGGGCCGGAGCCGCCUGCUCUCCAACCUCUCGAGGGACCCGCCACGGUCCCUUCCAUGUGUCCCAUGGGUCACAUGGGGCUGGCGAGUUUGCGGCGCGACUGGGUGGGGGCUCCUGUGGUUUCGGAGACGGCGGCGGCGGAAGCUGUGGCCACUGGCUGCUGUCUACGGACAGCGCGGAUGCGGAGGCGUUGCAGGCCUUGCGCUCUCUUUCCGUUCUCGCGGUAUUGUUGGGAAAGCACCUGCCGGGCCACGUGCCGCCCGUGAUGGUGCUUUUGACGGCGGCGGUGGGCAGGGCGACGACGGCGGCGGGGGGAGGAGGAGCGUCGGAGGAAUUCCAGCUACAGAGUUUGGCUGCGUGGCGUGUUUUUCUUCGCUGCCUGGCCUCCACCGCCCCUGCGCUGCUGGAGCGGGUAGCGGUGCAGGCCAGUGUCGUACUGCUCCCUCUCCUUCAGAGCCCCCGACCGGAGGUAUCCCGGGCGGCUGCGGGAGUGCUAACCCUGCUGGUGGUGGAUAACCUGGCGCAUGUCAGCAACGCGCUGAGCCGUAUGCCGCCAUUACCCGCUGACGUACCCGGCCUUGAGCGAGUGGCUGCCGUACUUCAGGAGAAAUUACAGUUGGCGGAUGGCCGAAAGCGGUUGAGACAGUUGACGGACUCGCUGCAACACGACAGCUUGGCGGUUAGUGCGCUGUUGCGUUGCUGCGAGAACGCGAUGCGUACGACACUCGGGAAGGACAUCCGAGUCAGGUGUGGCGAGUGCUUAGGCCUGUUAGGAGCUCUGGAUCCGGCCCGAGUGGUUCCGGAGCGCAGAGCCCCUCCCGCGCUGCUCGGUGCGGAUGAGGACGGUACGGCAUCCGUUCGAAACAUCGGAGGCGGCGGCGGCAGUACGGGGCCGUACGAGCUGGAGAAGGAGAUCGUGGAACAGCUGGUCCGCAUUAUGGAGACUACGGGCGACCUCACGGUGUACCGCUGCACGUCGUACGCCCUGCAGUGCCUGCUACAGCACUACAGCGACGGUGGCGGCGGAGGGGGAGAUGGGGGGGGAGGAGGGGGGGUGGGAUGGGGGGGUUUAGGAGGCCGGGUGGCGGCGGCCUCGCCCGAGCCGGACGGUCUGUACGCUCGCAUAAGGCCCGAGUUGCAGCCGCUGAUUAAACCCUACCUGACGACGAGAUACACGCUGGAGAAGGACGUGGGUCGCAGCGGGCGCUCCGAAACCGACUCCUUCUUGUCCGGCUCCGCCAUCUUCUCCACCACCCCGCGGCCCUCCUACCGCCGCUGGCUUAAUUUGUGGAUACGGGCCAUGCUGCGCUAUGCAGUGGGCCCCCAUCAGGCCGCAUUCACUGCCAUGACAGCGGUUGUACAUGCAGUGAUGGUCAGCGGCCACUCCGGAGCUGUGGAGGCGGUCCGGCGGGAGGUGGUUGCCGUACUGCAGGCGGGGGCGGCGGGGCCGUCCGAAGCGGACGGGCAGCUGGAGUUGUACUUACAGGCCCUAUUCGGGCUCUUGGACGUUCUUGGCAGGUGGUUACGUGACGCCUGGCAGCGGGCGGCCGACAAGGCUGCCAACGGCAACCAGCUUCAGGGCGCGGGUGGGGGUGCAGCGGGGGCCGCCAGUACGGCAGAGGCGUACGGCCAUUUGGGCGAGCCCGACGGCCUGGCGGGGCUCUGCGCUAUGAGGCCGGGGGGCCUGAGUGAAGCGGAUCAGUCCUCCCUGACCACGCAGGAGCCGCUGUUGGCGUUACGUCGUCAGCUGUCCGCAAUAAUGGGCGACCGGGACGGGGAGGCGGCGGCGUGGCUGGCCACCGCCAAACUGUGCAGGGCCAACGGCCAUCUCGACGCCGCCACCGGUGCCGUACUGGAGGCCGCCGCCAGGGGGGUUGGCGGCGCCGCCGCGCUCGAGUCCGCAAAACUUCUCCGGGCCCGGGACCUGCACCACCGGGCCGCUGCGGAGCUGCAAACGGCCAUUUCUGAUUUGGCGGCCUCCGGUGCCGCCGCCGCCGCCGCCGCGUCCGAUUCUCGCCGUCUGCUGGCCCGUCUGAAGCUGUGUCUCGCGCGCUGGACGGCGGGUGAGGGCGGCUGCGCGCCCUCCGAGCUUCGGCGGCUGUUCGAGGAGGCUUUAGACGCGGAUAGAGCCUGGGAUAAGCCGCACUUCCACUAUGCACGCUACCUGGACCAGCUGUAUCAGGACGCCAAGCGCCGUCAGACCGCGGGGGGGGCCCGGCCGCAGCCUCAAGUAGGCGGUACGGCGUCAACUCGGGGGGUGGCUAAUGACAGGUUCGGGUUUGGUAAGGCCCGCGUGGCCAUCGGCGACGACAAGCAGUACUUCGAGUACCUUCCGGACGUUAUACGGCACUACGGAGAGGCCAUUACUAAGGGACAUAAGCACGUGAUGCAAGCCCUCCCCCGCCUCCUCACACUCUAUUGCGAACACGGCAGCGACCAAAUCGCGCGAGGCAGCGCAACCGCCGCUACGGGCGGUGGCGGCGGCGGCGGCGGCCGCGGCGCGGGGCCUGUACCCCGUACGAGCCGUGAGACACGUGCCGCCACUGAGGUGCACAACACCAUGAAGCAGCUGGCGGGGUCAUCCGUACCCCCGACGAAGUGGCUGGUGGCGCUGCCGCAGCUCAUCUCCCGCAUCGCCCACCAGCACCAAGAGGUUGGGGACGUGAUCCGCCUGGCUCUGGGUCGUCUGGCCGAGGCCUUCCCGCAGCAGGUGCUGUGGUCCGCUGCCGCGGUGUGUCGGAGCAACGUGGCGAGGAGGAGGGACCUGGCCAACGAGGUAUUCAAAUCGGUCAACCUGCAAGCCAGGCGCUCGGGAAACAACGGCCUCGUGCUCCACCUCUCGCACCCCCGUGCAGAUAACACACCGCUUCAUGUUGAACUGGACCCUGCCGUAUGUGAAAAAAAACCCAAGAAGCUCACCUUCGUGGGGACUGACGGAGCGGAAUACUCCUUCCUCGCCAAGCCCAAAGACGACUUGCGGAAAGACUACAGGCUUAUGGACUUCGCGGGGCUGCUGAAUGCGCUGUUCGGGGGCCACGCGGCCUCCCGCCGCCGCGACCUGCGCAUCCGUACAUAUGCGGUAGUGGCGCUCACUGAGGACUGCGGCAUCCUGCAGUGGGUGGACGGCCUCAAGCCGCUCAAGGCCGCCAUAGAGGACGUGUAUGUGGCGGAGAGGGCGAUAAAUAGGAGAGAGUGGAUUGGGUGGAUUCGGAAGCUAUGGGAGACCUGGCCCGAGCCCUCCAACAAGGCCAAGCUGCUGUCCAAGGUUCUAGAGAGGCUGCCGCCGCGCCUGCACCGCUGGUUCCUGACCAGCCACCCGGAGCCGGCGGCCUGGCUAAAUGCCAGAACCAACUUCACGCGCACAAACGCCGUGUGGUGUAUGGUGGGGCACAUGCUGGGGCUGGGAGACCGACACGGGGAGAACAUCCUGCUGGACGGCGCGUGUGGUGACACGGUGCAGGUGGAUUUCGGAUGCCUAUUCGAUAAGGGCCUUACGUUGGAGGUUCCCGAGAUGGUGCCCUUCCGUCUGACCCAAAAUGUGGUGGACGGGUUCGGCAUCAGCGGAGUGGAGGGCACGUACCGCCGGUGUUGCGAAACCACUUUGCAGGUCCUCCGCCAGCACCGCGAGACUCUGAUGACGUGCGCGGAGACCUUCCUGCACGACCCCCUGUCUCCUGCUGGCUCUUUCACAAGGAACGCGACUGUGUUCCUCUCAUCCAAUUACGACGCGACCACGGCGCAAGCCAUCCGAGAUGGAAACGACACCACCAUGUGGCAGAGUGACGCUUGUUUCCCCACAUCGUACAUUACGCGCCGUGAGAUGAACGCGCUUUACUGGCUUUGCAACUCCUCAGCCGUUUGUACCGCCUCAACGGGCUCGUCCAACUUGUACGGCGCAACUGACGGCAGUCUCAGCACUAGCGGUGCCUCUAUUGCGUUGCCUACCGGCACCCGAUCCGCAUGGCUCAGAGUUACCCUGCCAUCAGCUACCAACAUAACCCGUGUCGGGAUUCGUGGCGUGUUUCCCUCCGGCGUGGCCAACACUCUGUACCUGGAGUUUGCGUCAGGCGCGCAAGUGCCCGUACUUUACAACCUCACAAGCUAUUCGUUCGUACCCGCACUCGGACAAUGGACGGGCGUCGUGUCCCUUCUCAUCAACUCGACGUCCGCGUUUUCCGUUACGGAACUGGCAGCACAGUACGGCGCGUGUUUUGAAAACGCAACUGUGGAUUUGGGUGCCGUACAAACCAUCGGAUCCAUUCGCAUCCGAUACUGGCCGGGGCAGAAUGGCUUAGCCACGUGGCUGCUGGCCUCGACAGAUGGCGCGUCGUACGACGACGUGGUUUCGGGGCUGCUGGGUUUGUCGCCGCUCGAUCCGACCCGUCUCGGAGCGCUGACGUUGACGCUGCCUACCCCCGUACUGGCGCGAUACCUGACUGUACGGCACAAGGUGGCGGAAACUGACUGGGCCAAGGUAUACGUGUGGGGCAUUGACGCCUACUCGCCUGCGCCGCCGCCGUCGCCAUCACCACCCCCACCUCCAAGUCCCACCCCGCCCCCGUCACCCAAUCCGCCAGAUCCCCCUCUUCCGCCUUCACCCCCCCCAUCUUCAUGGAACAACUAUGCGGGGAUAGUCCGCGCGUACAGCUACCAAGGGACCGUCACUGUGUCGUCUAAUCCAGAUCCAGACGCGCUGCCGCACAUUGCCGACGGUAACGACAACACGCAGUGGCAGAGUGCCGCCUGCUUCCCAACCGGCUACACCGGCCGCCCUUCCAUGAACCCGCUCAUGCAGCUUUGCAGCGGUACGGGGCCCCACGGCGCUCCCGCGUCGUACUGUACGGCAUCUGCCGGCUCGUCCAACCUGCCAGCGACGACGGAUUUGAGUGUUUACACUGGAGCGAGCAUUGCCGUCGACCCCGCGCGCGUCGCCGCGGGCGUUACGGAUGGCGCGGCGUUUUUCGCCGCCGCCGUCCCCGGUGGCCCGCGGGCUGUCACGCGUGUUUCUUAUAAGGCCUUUUCUAGCUCCAACGUAACGGUGUGGCUGGUGAUGCAGCCUUCCGGGUCCUCUGCUGCUCAGAGGGUUCAAGUGGCCACCAUGGUCCCCGCCGUGGAUAACUACGCCUGGGUGUCGGUAACCGGUCAAUGGCAGGACGUGGUGGCGUUGCGUUUGGAAAGCAACGGCAGCUUCACCCUCACGGAGGUCGCUGUGCAGUCCGGCCCGUGUAUGGAGUGGGCUGUGGUGGACAUGGGCAGCGUGAGGGAGGUGGGGGUCCUCAGGUUCCGGCACUGGUCGGUGGACGCUGAGCAAACCAACAUGUCGGUGUCGGCGGAUGGAGUGAAUUGGACGGUGAUGAAGGCAUUUUUAAAACCCGAUCAACUGGAGGCGGUGGAGAUGUACCUGCCCUCGGUCAUCUAUAUUCGUUACCUGAAGAUCACACACAAGGUUAAGGAAGAUGCCGAUUGGAGAAAGGUUUACGUCUGGGGCAUUGACGCGUACGACGUGUACGGCCGAUGGGGAGCGCCGCCUGCGCCCUCACCCCACCCCCUGACUCUCCGAGGCAUGUUGGGCGUCAACGGUAUCUGGGGCUGGGGCUUCAACCAGUUCUCUAACAAUUUGCACAAGGUGGGCAAGGGCCCCGACAUGUACACCUCAGUGGCCUCCUGGGGCCGCAACUACCACGGCAUGAACUGGGACGUCAGGGCGCCGGGCAACAAUCCCAAGUACGACAUCAUGUCGAAAAACGGCACAGACACAUUUUGGUGGCUUGAUUGGGACAAGGAAUACGUGGGAUGGAAGGCAGCUGGACUUAAGGUGGAUGCCAGUUUUCAGUUCGUGUCGGAUGUGUUUGGUCCUCCCACGUGGGGUCCCAACGCGACCGACACGGCGUACAAACUGGGGUUCGCGUUCGGGUCGCACUUUGGCCCCGGCCGCGCGCCGCCGAACGUGAGCCUGGAUGCUGUGGAGUUUGGAAAUGAGCCGUGGGUUGGAUACAACGCUUCAUUUUACUCUUCGCUGCUCCGCGGGUUCGCCAGGGGCAUUAAGGAUGCAGACCCAACCUUCCGACUGUUGCCGUGCGCCCUUCAGGCUGAUAACCCGUACGGCGAGGACAACAACAGUGGAAAUUCCGUUGGCGCCCGCAUCCCCCCCGACGUUGCCCCCCUUAUCGACGUCGUCAACCUGCAUGUGUACUCAUGGUUCAGACCACAAGAGCUGAACGGCACCAUAAUCGGAGUGCAUCCGGAGCAUCCAGGCAGCACCAUGAAUGCUGUGAACAACAUGCUGGCGUGGCGCUCGUACAACAUGCCAGGCAAACCCGUGUGGGUUACGGAAUGGGGCUGGGAUGCCCACCUGCCGGGAGAGGUCUGCGAAACCACACGAUGCGUCAGUCAACAUGCCCAGGCCCUGUACGGCAUUCGUGGGUUGCUGGUGCUCGCCCGAAAAGGAGUUGAGGUGGCGGACUGGUUCUUUUACGCCAACGCGGACGAGGGCUCUGGCGUGUUUGCCCGCAGCGGCCUCCGUGGCAGCAACAACACGAACUUCCCCCGCCUUCCGGUGUUUGAUGCAUUCGCGGCCUUCAUGCAGUUGGUGGGCAACCAGAGCUUCCUGGGAGUGGUGGCCGAGCGUACGGACCUGUACGGCUACCUUCUGGGCCCGGUCAACGCCAGCACUGACGCCGCCACACAUUUGGUCGUUUGGCGGCCAGUGGCGGCGGGCGACGGCCCGGAGGAGCCCACGGCGGCGGCUGCCCUCCCUCUGAAUAGGACUCCAUUCGCGGCCUGGACCGUCAGCGGCGCCGGCAGUGCGCCCGUCAGCCUCAGCUCUGUGGUUCAGGUGGCGGCAGGAGGCCUGUGGACUGUGCAGGUGUCGGCGAUUCCGCUGGUGCUCAAGUUGACUUAA